AAUCCUGGUCUGGACUAUCCAUUUUUUCAGUAAUUUUUCUUGCAAAAAUUAUGGAGAAUUAUCCUGUUCCCCUUCCUACCUCAUCCAAAAUCCUAUCCAACGAUUUCCUUUGACGUCACAAGAAAUGUGGAACGCUAUAUAAACUUCCCGUCUUGUUGAUAAAAAUGUCCACUCCAAUUGCACUCGAAAACUCUAUUGGAAAAACUUUACAAAGAACCUUUCGUUUUGGAUGACCAGGACUGCGUUGAAAGGGUUUAAGGUUUAAUGGUCGUUUCCAGUUACCAAAUUCCUUGAACCCACUUUCUAAGAGUUCAUAUGUCACACUUGUAAAAUAACGAUACCAGAUAUUUAAAUAUAUUAAAAAUAGAUAAAAUAAUUCCAUUGAGAUGAUACAAUCUAGUGAUAAAUGUGGCGGCCGUAAGGACGCUGCUUACUCACGAGCGGUCUACGUGACAAUGUAGCGGAGAGUAGCUAAGCCCUUACCUCCUAGGAGCUGCAAUAUAUCUCGCUGGAGUCCGGUCUUAUGAUAUUCAACCUAUCGUCUUCAACCAGUUGCGUAACAACGAAAAAUUGCAAAUACUGUUCAGCGCAGGUCAGAUCUCUGGAACUUACAAGUCGACAGUCUUCGAAAUGAAACGUGGCAUUGACACAAUUUAAUGCAGUUCCCUCUCCAGUAACUUGGACGGAAUGCGCCCUUCUCCCUCAACUCUGUACUCAGGUCGAUACCACAUGUUGAAUCAUUGAUGCACAACUGUACCGUGAAUAAUAUUUUAGUUAUAUUCUUACAAUAUUGAAUACAGUUUCUGCGUAAGGUACAGAUGAAUAGUUGAUGCGAAAAAUAGUUUUGCAGGUAUAAGCUGAAUAUCCAAGGGAAUUUCUGAACGUCCACUGUUCAGUUGCUCUAAACAUACGAAGGCCAACAGAACUGCUACUUCAAUGGAGUAUAAAUUACGAACUCAUGAGUUGGAAUGGAAUAGAGAUAUGCAUUAUGCUCUUGGUUUCUCGAAGCUAUGGUGCAGAGCUCUAGGUAUCUGGCCAUGGAAAAGGAAUAAAAUAUCUACUGCACGAUUUGCACUAUUGUUUGGACUUGAGGUUGCUGCCGUUGUAUCGCUACUAGAAAGACUAUUGACACAUGGCAAUUGUGGAUCAGUAACAAAUUUCAUCGACGUCAUGGCAGCGAUCCUGGGAUUUACUGUCGCAGCGUUGAAAGUUUGUUGUCCCUGGAUGCAACAAGAACGAAUGUGCUUUAUUAUCCAGUCAUUAAUGGAAGAUUGGUCGAGUGUCGGCGACAACAGGUCUCGCCAAAUUAUGAGCCAAUAUGCCUUUUGGGGGCGUUUAGCCUUCACCGCUCAAAUUAUACCGGCAGCUGUUAUUGCACUGGAAUUUAGCAUAACUCGGGCUCCGAGUUUGACUAGUGACACAUUUAGGAACAAUAGUUUAUCAACGCACAAUCUCCUGGUGGGACCUUCAUGCUGGAUUCCUGAUACCAUGCCCAUGAGUUUAUAUUUGUUACAUUAUUUCCUGGUCUUUUUCGGUUUGUACAGCGCCAUUUUAAUAUUUCCCGGAUGUGAUGCAUUCGUGUUCAGCGUCGUAUUGCACCUGUGCGGUCAAUUUGAAGUACUCAAUCAGAGCUUUGAGAAUGUGCCUCAUGAUGAGAGCGAUUUGGACCACAAACGCAGGAUCAGAGAGUACUCGAGGCGUCAUAAUAAGUUACUAACACUGGGUAAUGAACUCAACGACCUUGUCAGUUUGAUCAUUUUCUCCGAACUUUUCAGUAACGGCAUGGUCAUUUGCCUUUCAGGAAUCGUUAUUCUUUCUAACAUUAAGAGGGGAAAUGUGAGUGAUGAUGAUAUCAAUUAUGGAGUAAGAAUAUAUAUCUGGUAUUGUGAACUGUUUAUGUACAGUUAUGUUGGUGAACAACUUGCCAGUCAAUCUGAAAAAAUACAAAAGACAAUAUACGGUUGUCCGUGGUAUAGUAUGUCGGUGAACACUGCCAAGGAAAUUAAAUUUAUUAUGAUGCGAAAUAAUUCCUUCUGUUAUUUGACCGCCGGUGGAAUUCUCGUAAUGAAUUAUGAGACUUUCAAAGACAUUACAAGAAUUAUGUUCUCAUCCUGUUCUGUUCUGAAAUUAAUAUUGGAAUGAAAUCAAUGGAGCAUCGAAUCCUCUCAAUAAACGCAGAAGUUCAUCGAUUUGCAGGAUGAGGUUUAAGUUUAAGAAUUGUAAUUAAAUUGAAUUGAUAAAAAAAACAAAAAUGGAGAAUUUCGCCAAAUUCCUUGAGCUUAUAGACACUAAUGUACUGACUUAUCUAACACUAGACGGUAUUCGAUAUCUAAUGUGUCAUCUCGAAUCUGGAGUUGAAUUCAGAUAUGAACGCACUGUGACCAUUCGUUUCGUGUGUUAAUGCUUUAGGAGGUGAAUUAUAACAAGGACUUUGCAUUCAGAAAGCCAAAAUACUAAUGAACUGCCCUUUUGGAUGAUUCCACCAUCAUUGGCCUGGAGUGUUCCGGUUAAUCUCGAGGAUUAUCGAUUUCUUUCAGGCGACAAAUUUGUUUAAAUAGCAGCCAAAUUGGCGUUUUUCUUCGAGGGAUUUGAGUACUACAGCGAUUGUCAAACACUUUCUUGGAUGAUGUGGGCAAGUCUUUACUGCCCAGAUUCGUCAGUAGGAAUUCCAAAAUUUUUUAUUCUCAUUUUCUUGGUAAGUCAACAACAUUAACUGCUACAUUUCUGAGUGCCCACUCUGGACUUGUUAUACAC